AUGCCGGAAGCGUCCGACGCAGGGCCGAGCUCCGGCGCAUCCGCCUCCCAGCGGACGGCCACAUCGCCGGCCAUGUCACGCAGAAGAUCCUCAGGAACGCGCUCUAGCCGGUCGCGACCCGUUCGUUCCCGAGCCACAUCGUCGAUGAGCCAACGCUCCGAAGGCAGCAACAUGAGCAGCGGCAUUCAACAGCUCUCGUGGACCACCGGAGACUGCUUCAACUACGUCGAUGACGAUACUCGCAUCAGCGCUUUUCUACACUGUCCCAUCUGCUUGGGGCCCUUUCUCGAACCGUACGCUUCCAAUGUCUGCGCACACACCUUCUGCAAGCAGUGCAUUACCACGGCUAUCACCUCGCAAACUGAAGGAGAAGACGGAGCGGAUGCCGUUGUAGCUGCUGCAGCCAAGCGCUGUCCGACGUGCAGGACGGCAGUCGACCUUGCGGAUUUCCAGCCCACCGCGUUGCUCAUCAAGAACAUGGUCGAUACGCUGCGAGUACGCUGUCCCAACAAGAGCAAGGGCUGCGACUACGAAUGCGAGCGGCACCUACUUCGAGGGCAUGUCGCGUCCGAAUGUGCCUUCGAGUACGUCGAUCAGAACCAGACCGAAGGGAAGCGCUGCGGAUGCUCGGCCAAAGUCAUGCGCAAAGACUGGGCUUCCCACGGCCUCGUCUGUCCCAAGCGCAGAAUCGCUUGUCCAACUUGCGAUGCGGGCCUCUGCGCUGACGAGCUUGAAGUUCAUCAAGAGACCUGCUCACCCGAGCCCGCCGUGUGCGAGCAUUGCGACCUCAGCACGAUCAAGAGUCGACUAGCGGCCCACAUCGCCGACGAAUGUCAGGAUGCGCCGGUGCUCUGUCCGCAUUCGGCGUUUGGAUGCGUCUGGAAGGGACCACGUCACCGACUCUCCAGCAAUCCCGACACAGCAUCCAAAAGCACCGCACAGACGCAUCUCGAGAACGAGUGUCGCUUCGAGCCCAUCAAAGCGUUUUUCAGUGUCUUCACCCAGCACGUCCACUCGCUCACCGACGAGAAUGCCGCUCUCAAAGCCAAGCUCGACGAGAUGGAGGCGAGACAGCACGGUUCCGCGCGUCGCAUCGACGACUGUAUCCACAGUCUCGGCAGCUGGUAUCGAUCGGCGGGCGAGCUGCGUGCUGCAGGCCUGGAUCCGCGGGCACGAGGUUCUCAGGUUGGCGUCGACGGCGAGUGGGACGAGUUCCCCUUGGAUGCUCAGAACUGGGAGCGGUCGCUCAGCCAGCAGAGCUUUGGCAUGCGGCAGGCGCGCACGCAGAGUGCGUCGGCGAUAUCGAGCAUGGAUCUGGCGACGUGGGCGAGGAGGCAGUAUACGGAUCUCUCGCCUGCCGAUCUAUCGAGAUCGCAGCAGCCGCACAGACCGAGCAGUACCACCCAAGCGGCGAUGCCGGAAGAGGCACCGGCGCGAUACCUUGCACCACCGACAGCUCGAUCCAUGCCCAACAGCACAUCUGCUCUGGGUGGUUCGCCCUCACCAUCGCGGGAACGCGCAUCGUACCUCAGCCCCACGGACACAACGCGACGCUCGCUACUCACACCACUCGACUCCUCUGUCGCUACCUCGCUCUCUCCCGUCGGGUACAACUUCCCUCCCAUCCCCCCGCCUCACCCGGAAAACGAUCCGAUGGACAGUCGCAACCUCGACGCGGCGCUCUCCUCCCUCACUGCGUCCGUCGCCGGCUUGAGUUCUGGCCUGUCGAGCCUGGACAAGCGCACGGAGGAGGGACACAUUGCAGCUGUGAAAGCGGGAUUCGACGCUGGCCGGGUGCAGGAGGAGGUGGCGAGCCUGCGGCACGGACUGCACGCAGUGCGGAUGCAGAUCCAUCAGAUUCUUAUGCAGCAGCAGCGCCAUGCGCUUUUCCCAAGCUCAGGAUAUGCCGCGGCAGCAGCGGGGCCGGUUGGCACAGCAGCGAUGGGUAAUGACGGGGCUGGACCAAGCGUCAUGCCCAACGGAGGAUUGCCGAUGCUAAGCCCUCCAUUGAUGAGACGCUGGGCCGGGUUGGAACAUACCAAACUCUAA